GUGAAUAAACACUGUCAAGAGUAUAUAUAUUGUGGUAGGCGUCACAGUUCCAAGAAACGAGAACACUGAAACUUCCAAGUUUCCAACAAAGCAAAUUAAUUAAUUAGUGCCCCAGUAUUUUUUGUUGUUGCCUAUCACAGCACGAGAAUGAGAGCACAAAUCCAAAAGGUACCACAGAUAGUCGAAUUGUUAAAAAAGAAAACGGUUGGUUUGCAGCACUUCAAGCCAACAUCUUCAGUGUGCGUCCUGGACCCGAAGGAUGCUACAUUGGUUGCGCCUUGUCGACACAGUCUUCCCUCGCAGACUCAGAGCCUUGACUCGAUACCUGGACCCACCAACUGGCCCUUAUUUGGCAGUUUGAUAGAACUACUACGCAAAGGAGGGCUGCAAAGACAACACAAUGCAUUGAUUGAUUACCAUAAGAAAUUCGGAAAGAUUUUCCGGAUGAAACUCGGCUCCUUUGAAUCGGUCCAUAUUGGCGCACCUUGCUUAGUGGAGGCACUCUACAGAAAGGAGAGCGCUUAUCCACAGCGUCUGGAGAUCAAACCCUGGAAAGCAUACCGAGACUUAAGAGACGAGGCAUAUGGACUUCUUAUUCUGGAAGGGGAAGACUGGCAGAGGGUGAGAAGCGCGUUUCAGCAGAAAUUGAUGAAACCCACAGAAGUCGCGAAACUUGAUGGAAAAAUAAACCAGGUGUUGGCCGAUUUCGUUAGUAGAAUUGGGCAAGUGACUGACAAUGGACAAUUUGAGGACUUGUACUUCGAAUUGAAUAAAUGGUCAAUGGAGACCAUUUGCUUAGUGCUCUACGACAAACGUUUUGGGCUUCUGGAUGACAAUGUCAACGAGGAGGCUAUGACCUUUAUCACAUCCAUAAAGACGAUGAUGAGCACAUUUGGCGCCAUGAUGGUCACGCCAGUGGAGCUCCACAAAAAACUGAACACCAAAACAUGGCAGGACCACACCACGGCUUGGGACCGUAUAUUCAGCACAGCCAAAGUCUACAUAGACAAGAAGAUAAAGCGCCAUGCAGGGGCAACAGGGCCCAGUGACGACUUCCUGUGUGACAUCUACCGCCACAGUCAGCUGUCCAAGAAAGAGCUGUACGCCGCCAUCACAGAGCUCCAGAUCGGAGGAGUGGAGACGACUGCCAACAGCAUGCUGUGGGCUAUUUUCAACCUCUCCCGUAACCCUUGCGUUCAGAAGAAGCUGCUCCAAGAAAUCAGAGAGGUUCUGCCUGCUAGUCAGACUCCCAGUGCCAAGCACCUCCAGAGAAUGCCCUACAUCAAGGCCUGCCUCAAGGAAUCCAUGAGGUUAUCGCCGUCAGUUCCCUUCACGAGUCGGACCUUAGACAAAGACACUGUGUUGGGGGAUUACUCCAUUCCCAAGGGGACAGUGUUGAUGAUCAACAGCCAUGCUCAGGGUGCCAAUGAGGAAUACUUUGACGACAGCAGCCGGUUUAAGCCAGAGCGUUGGCUAAAAGAGAGCAGUACCAUCAACCCCUUUGCCCAUGUGCCGUUUGGUAUUGGGAAGAGGAUGUGCAUUGGGCGGCGUCUGGCAGAGCUACAGCUGCAGUUGGCACUCUGCUGGGUCGUCAGAGAUUAUGAAAUUGUGGCGACAGAUAGUGAACCAGUUGAAACUAUCCAUUCGGGGACGCUUGUUCCCAACCGUGAACUACCUGUGGCUUUCAUUAGACGAUGAGGCUUCAAACACAGAUCAUUUGGACCUCACUACAGAAAGAUAAUAGUUCUGGACCUGAAUCUCCAGAGAGACUCUGGACCUUUAUUGCUGCUCUGUAAAUAACAAAGAGAAAAUAUCAGAUCUAAAUAUAUUUGUAUGUAAUCCUGUCACAUAUACCUCAAACGAAUAUAAAUGCAUUUAAACUAUUAACUAUGAGAGUUAGCCUACUUGUUGACCAAUAACUUUUAGCUUGUGUUGUAAGGCAACUGCACUUUACUGCCCACUAAUCUUAAACAACUGUUCUUAUGUCGAAAAUGUUAAAUCAAUUAUGACUUUUGUAUAUGUUGUCUUUGUAUGUUAAAGUAUAUACAGUACAUGUAUAAAGGCUACUUAUGUAUUUUUCCCCAUUGUGUAUGAAGUGCAAUAAUUGUGUCAACAUGAUGUACAUUUAAAACAUUGUAAUUCUUAGAGAGAAUAUAUUUCAUCCACUUUU